UGAAGCGCGCGCCGGCGACGAGAGGGCAGACCGCGACCGGCAGCUGCACACUCGAAUCACGCUCCCUCCUCCCAACCACCCUUCCUCUUUUCCACAUCCAUCUCCCGUGGCGGUGGAAGCCAUGGACGCCUCCCGGCCAUUGCUCCACAGGCAUCACGUGCACGGAGCAUCAUUUUUAAGGUUGCUGGCUGCUACACCACUAGCCCCUCCUCCUCCGAUGUCCUUGGACCGAGCAACAGCCUGCUGAAACGCACGACUCUGCAAGCGUAAGAGAUGGGGUUCGUGGAGAGCGUCGGGAAGUACAGGCUCGGCCGGACCGUCGGCGAGGGUACCUUCGCCAAGGUCAGGCUGGCGACCGGCACCGAAACCGGCGGGACCGCCGCCGUGAAGAUCAUCGACAAGGAGAUGGUGCUCAAGAACAAACUCAUGUGCCAAGUGAAAAGGGAGAUCAGCGCGAUGAAACUUCUGAAUCACCCCAACAUAGUCAAGAUAUAUGAGGUGAUCGCGACAAAGACGAAGAUAUGCCUGGUGAUGGAGUACGUUUCAGGAGGUCAGCUCUCUGACAAGCUAAGUCACCUAAAGAGACUGGAUGAGAGGGAAGCAAAGAGGUACUUCCACCAGCUGAUUGAUGCUGUGGACUACUGCCACCGGGUUGGUGUCUACCACAGAGAUCUCAAGCCUGAGAAUUUGUUGCUAGAUAACCAGGGAAAUCUCAAGGUAUCUGAUUUUGGCCUCUGUGUGCUAACAAAGCCUGGGCAAUUGCUAUCCACAUCUUGCGGCUCACCGUGCUACAUGGCUCCUGAGGUGAUUCUGCACAAGAGUUAUGAUGGUGCGGCCGCGGAUGUCUGGUCUUGUGGCGUGAUCCUCUUUGAACUUCUAGCUGGUUAUCUGCCGUUCCAAGACCGCAGCUUGACAAACUUGUACAGAAUGAUAUCUCGUGCGCAAUUCAGUUUCCCGCAGUGGUUCACUCCCCUUCAGAAGAAACUCAUUUCCAGGAUACUGAAUCCAUCUCCGAUAAGGAGAGCAAAGAUAAGUGAUAUUUUCGAUGAUGAGUGGUUCCAAGAAAAAUACAAUCCAUCAACGAUGACUGGGAAUGAUAUCGACCAUUCUUCUGAUUUUGAAGAGGUCAGCUCAGACAGCGAUAGUUGUCACAGAACAGAGGUAAGGGAAGCUGAAGAACUGAUGGCGGAGCCCGAGCGGCUCAUCAACGCGUUCCGAUUGAUCGCGACAUGCAGUGAUCUCGACUUGUCAGGUCUCUUCCAGGAGCAGCAGAAAACAAAGCUUAGCUCGCCGCAUCCGGUGCAGGAAACACUGGAGAAGAUAAAGAUUGCAGCUCAGGAUGUGAGCCUGUCAGUGCGGAGGAUGGAUAGUUCUGUGGUGAAGCUUCAGGACAGAAGAUUGCUUGAAAGAAGCAUACCUGAUCUGACUCUUUUGGCCGAGGUGAUCGAGGUUACUCCAGUACACUGUGUCGUCCAAGUGUCCAAGUCCACUGGGGAUCUGAGAACAUAUAGAAAGUUCUGCAGAAGCCUAUCGAGGUUGCUGAAUGGAGAGCAGCAGCCUGGCAGUUCAUCUGAUUUGGAAGUGAGCACAUCUGAGUAGAGGAAGAUCAAUAAACCUCCAACAGAUAGCUGAACCAGUAAACCUCCAUUGUCUCAUGCAGAGGGUAAGAAUAUGAAUCCAUGGACGGACAAAAGAAUGCCUCCUGGCAACAGCUGACAAGGAAGAUGGUGAUAAAAAUGACAGGAGUAAAGACAGUAUCAUCGCUCUCGCAUGAUCAGCGCUAUUAUGUUGUAGCUUGCAACAAAAAAGGGCAGAUAGAAUGAACAUGCAAUUUUUUCCAUAUGCUCUUUAACCACCAGAUACAUCUUUAUUGAUUCUAGAACCUCCAUAUGUAAAUGGCGUGCUUUUAUCAACCUUUUUUUAUUAACAUCGCACAAACUUGUGGUA